AUGAUGAACGGUCGGCCGUCGUCUGGCAAACGAAUCGAUGGGUCGUUGGGCCGAGCAGUUGGCGCCGCGGUGACGUCAUCCCACCCACGGCCACAACGGCAGCACAGGCCAGUGGAAACUGCAGCCUCUAUACGCAGCCGGGCUAUGAUAGCACAGAAUGGAACGAACUGUUAUCCAAUAAACAAUAAAAACACAUACAGCCACGUGGUGAUUGUAAUCGCCCCCACUUGUGUGGUCAUCACAUCCGUCAGUAAAUUAUGCCUCGGGUUCCCCACCCGU